AUGGUGCAGGUGCAUCCCUACAAAGUCUGCAGCGAUGCUCCCAUCUACAGCAUUCAAGGUCGCGAGCUCCAAGCACACGUGAGUCACGCUGCAGAAAAUCCAGGUGGGUCCCGUUGGCCCCAAGCCAUUUCUGGGACUGAGAUUCAGCCCACAGCAGCCUCAGUUUUCUUCUGUGCAUCAGUCUCCUGCCUUCAGAAAUCCCUUUGCAUGCUCCAAAGAGUUUGGGUGUCUUCACCAGGGAGCUGGGCUUUAAGGGAGCCUGAUUGCCACCAUAGUGGCAAACAAACAAGCUGGAAAUGUGGAUUUGUCAGAACUAUAAUCCAGCAUCCAUGUCUGAGGCAUGACCCCAAAGGCCCAGGGAAAGCAAGAAUGUUGAAGAAAAUCCAGAUAUGCCUCUGCUUCUUCUUCGUCUCGGGCAUUUUGUACGAGAUCUCCCUGCUGUCCGGCUGCUUCUUCUCCUAUAUGCCUAUGUCGAAGCACUUCCUGACAUCUGAGCAGGUCUUGAACCUCGGCAAAAGCAUCAUCUUUCUGGAGACAACGGAGCGCUUGGAGCCACCUCCACUGGUGUCCUGUUCUGUGGAGUCUGCCGCUAGGAUUUACCAGGACCGGCCCAUCAUCCUUUUCAUGAAGGGACUUACGAACGACACGGCGUUGGACUUGAACUCAAGCUAUGCAGCCUUCUCGCUUUUGUCUUCUAUGAAGAAUGUCUUCAUUUUUCCUCUCCAGAUGGAAACUGUCUUCCAGGAGACCCCUCUGCUCCAGUGGUACAACCAGGUAAUCCCGGAGCAGGAGAAGAACUGGGUCCACGUCAGCUCCGACGCCAGCAGACUGGCACUCAUUUGGAAGUAUGGGGGCAUCUACAUGGACACGGAUGUCAUCUCCAUCAGGCCCAUCCCCGAGGAAAGCUUCCUAGCGGCGCAGAAGUCGCGGUUCUCCAGCAACGGGAUCUUUGGCUUCCCUCCCCACCACAAAUUUAUUUGGGACUGCAUGGAGAACUUUGUUCUGAAGUACAAUGGGAACAUCUGGGGGAACCAGGGGCCCUUUUUAAUGACAAGGAUGCUCAAAGCCAUCUGCAAUCUCACUGAUUUCAAAGGCACCGAGGACCACAGCUGCCAGAACAUCUCCUUCCUCAAUCCCCAGCGUUUCUACCCCAUACCGUACCCAGCCUGGGGCCGGUACUACGAGGUGUGGGACAAAAGCCCCAAUUUCAACCACUCCUAUGCGCUGCACUUGUGGAACUUCAUGAACCACAACCGGAAAGCUGUGGUUGCAGGCAGCAACACUCUGGCUGAAAAACUGUACAAAGCCUACUGCCCCACCACAUACGAGGACCUGAUCCAAAAUGCGAAGCUGAGGGAUUUCACACACUCUGAGGAUGCUGCGUGA